CUGAGCACAGAGGACACGGAUUGCUCCGUCGACAGGGAGUCCGGAACCCAAACAGCCGUGUAUUUGGAGACGGCACCGCUGUUGUGUCACGUCUACCGUCUGGUCUCAGGUGAUGAGGCGGAUCCCACCCACGAGACACUCGAGGUCUCAUCCGAGGUCAUCAGGGGAGGCACUCGGUGGGCUCUGCCCUCCUCGGCCUUUGAUGGACUUUGGGACUCUCUCGUCUAUGAUUCGAGUGUUAAGAGAGAUCUUCUCAAGUACUCCGAGUCCGCCCUCAUCUUUUCCGACUAUGAGGUAAGCCAGCACGUGAUUGCAUGGAACCGCGUCAUCUUUCUACACGGUCCUCCAGGAACCGGCAAAACGUCUUUAUGCCGUGCUCUAGCUCACAAGCUUUCCAUUCGCCUCUCCCAUCGCUUCACAUCGGCAGCGCUGAUUGAGAUCAAUACGGUUAACCUGAUGUCUAAGUGGUUCUCUGAGUCUGCUCGCCUCGUUUCCCAGAUGUUUUCGUCAAUUUUUGAGUAUGUCGAAGAUUCUAACCACCUAGUCUUUCUUCUCGUUGACGAGGUAGAGAGCUUAACCUCUGUACGAAAGUCUGUGGCCUCUGCCUGUGAACCCAGUGAUGCUCUCCGUGUUGUCAAUGCAGUUCUGACUCACUUGGAUCAGCUCAAACACUGUCCCAAUGUUCUCGUAAUGGCAACUUCUAAUGUCUCUGGUAUUGUGGAUCCCGCAUUUCUUGACAGAGCAGAUAUUCGUGCUUACAUCGGGCCUCCGUCAGCUGUGGCCAUAUACUCUAUAUAUGCCUCCUGUCUAAAUGAACUCAUUCGAGUUGGUCUCAUAGAACGGCAGAAGUCUGGUCUGCUGAACUACCGUGUACUGUCGGCAUUGCAAUUCGUUGAGAGUUCAGUGACUGCGCCAAGUCUGGCAGUGUGGCGUUUAGCCCAGCGUAGCGUUGGCCUCAAUGGACGGGCGCUGCGGAAGCUACCACUCUUGGCACACGCCUUCCAUAUGGACUCCAAGUACCGCCCUAUACAAGCCCCCCUCCAAGCCAAACAACGGGUUACCAAUAAUGAUGAUAGUGAGAACGUUUCUCCCCAGAGAACCUCAGCAUCGGGCUCUGAGAGGAAUUCUUCAUCCGCCGUUCCAUUUUUGGUUUUUGUUGAAGCUCUGCAACGCGCAGUGAACCGUCGCUUUUCUGAUCAGCAGCUCAUCACUGAAUACAUGGGCGAUUCGAAAUCGGUUUAG